GUUUUAAAUUUAAAUCGUAAGCCAAAGCCGGAAGGAGAUUUUGAAUUGAUUUGAAUUUGUUUCGAACCUAAAUCACAAUGGCUACACCAAAACCUGAAAAAGAAUUACAUUUGCCAUUAUCGCGAGUAAAAACUAUAAUGAAAAGCUCGCCAGAUGUGGAUGCAGUUGGUCCGGAGCCUUUGUAUUUGGUCACUAAAGUUACAGAACUUUUCGUCAUAGAUUUAGCGAAACGGGCGCACAAAAACAUGAAAAACAACAUGUUAGAAUACAAACACAUAGCCGAAGUUGUUCAGGAGGACGAUACUUUGGAUUUUCUUAGAGAAAUAAUGCCGAGGAAAAUAACUGUGAGGCAGUUUAAAGAGAUGAUGGCGAGGAAGUCAAGAGGGGGCCAAUCUGACGAGUCUAGCGAGGAGUCGAGUGAGGAGGACAGUAGCGAAGAGACGAGCAGCAGUAAUAAUGAACAGGACUGACGUAGGAAGAGACCGCAACGGUAUAAGGCCAAAAGUACCUAUCUUUGAAGAAGUUAUGAGAAUAACCCUGACAAUUUUACCAGGCUCAUGACUUCUUCUUAAGACAUGAAUUUAAAUCUUCUCAUGAUAUAUGAUGUGGAAAGUUGAUAGUGACUGAAAACUACAUCGGAAGUUGGCAGUAUAACAUUCCUUAUUGGUGUAGAAGCUAUGAAUUUUCUUGUCUGUGUGUGUGUGUGUAUGUUUUUUUUAUUAAUGUAAUGUAUUAAGUUAAUGUAGUAUUAAAAUACAAGUGAAUUUAUUGUAAUGCAUUUGAAUACUCGGAUUUUAGCUAAAAUCAAUAUUGUUUUUGUUUACAACCAAGUUUUUUAAAUUUAUCUUGUAUGUCUGCCGUCUAUUACUCAAGACAAGACAUGCAUAAUAUUGUUGACAUACAUUACUUUCCAUAUGAAUAUUAUCAUCA